AUGGCCAGCACAAUUCCAGUAACUAUCGAUUUUUCGGGUGGAGCUGAGUUCCUAGUAAAAGCAAAAGUUCAAAAAGUGCAAAUUCCUGCAGACUCAACUCUGCGGGAUGUUCUCAAAUUUGUAAGGGACAAUCUCGUAACAGAUGUACACAGGAUGAACAUGCUGCUAAAUGAAGAUGCUAGUGAAGUUGCACAUGGUGUGAUUACACUGAUCAACGACACAGACACCGGUCUUCUAUCAGAAUACGAUACCACAAUCGAAGCUGGUGAUACGAUUACUUUUGUCUCCACACUUCAUGGAGGUUAA